AUGUCACUCCCAGAAAACUCCCUUAGCGCAAAGAAAGCCAAGUCGUUUCUAGGGAGGGCCCAAAUAGACCUUCGGCGACUCCAAUUUGGUGUCGCCUUGAGAAACGAGCAUCGUGAAGAGUCGAAAAAAGCACAAAAUCGCCUGUUAAAAGUCUUUGAGUUCGAGGGAUGUCGUCGUCUCGACCCCGAGAAUUUUGUUGAUGCAUUAAUUAGUAGAGAAUGCUUUGAUACUGCUUUGUUUAGAAAAGGUAUAACUCUAGAGGCUUUUAAGGAAAGCUGUAGUACGGUAGAUGAUUGUGUUCAAACACCGAUUAAGCUCGACCUUAAUACCUCGAUACAAUGUCUAAAUGGCCUGCAAAGAAUCCGGGCAGCAGAAGCGUUUCUGGACAAUAACGACAAGUGGUGGAUCGUAAACCUUUACGAAGAUGCAACUUUUGAACGCACAUUGGAAACACAUCUCUACGAGUCUUACAAUCAUGAGCAACAAUAUACAGAUGGCAUCAUUUUUCGCAACAUAAGACGCUAUGCUCGAGUUCACGACACAGAAAAUGAAAAGAAGUGGUGGGCUCGCUUGACUGCGACGAAGCGGAAAGACCUUGCUCAACUUCUUUCAAACCAAAAGCUUUCACUGGCAUUUGAUGCACUGAUCGAUUAUGCUGGUCUAUGGACGCCUAUCCGGCUGGGAACCUUACAUCGAUUCCAUGCAUUGAAAUGCACAAAAGAAUUGAAGUCUUACCUCCGACAUAUCCAUACAGUUUGGGACUCGCUAAUUCCAAAUGAGCAUCGAGUGCACGUUGACAGUCGCACUGUGUCGAUGUUAGAGAUGUUAGCACCGUCAGUAUCGACUCGUGACGCUGCCCGGGCGAGGCAGCUAAUGCUAGACGGAUGCAUAUUUCCACAACUGGAAGAUAUACACGCUCGAAACGAGAUUUUGAAUCGUAUUCAGUCCCAAAAAUGUAUGAUUCCGUCCUUGCGCACGUUUUUUGAAGAUCAAAAGUACCUGGAGCCAUGCAGCAAAAUUUUGAAACAACUUCUCGGAGUGAAAAGUAAGCGACCAAUAUGGAAAGAGUUCAAAGCAAACUACUGGGAGCAUGAAAGUGAGAUUAAGGUCCAAAUCUCCGAGACUAAAAACUUGCCUUUGCCGGGAUCGCUAGGAAAAAAAGAAAGAGCUAAACUCGGGUAUCUCCAGUUGUGGAUGUUCUGUUUUCGGCAUUGGCCUGAGAUGACGUCUUUCACACCACGGCUCGAGAGUGGGCUGAAAAUUACCGAUGAGGCAGAUAUGCGAAAUAUCGAAGUAAGGCCUAAAUCAGCGCGAAGGGAUCACAAUCCUGCUCUGUGGCAGAGACUUGCCUGUCUGGCUAUGCAAGUCGGCUUCGAGACAUCAAACAUUUGCAAGCUUGCGGGAGAAGAUGCGGAGAUGGUUCAAGCUAAACAGUUCUUAAACUCGGCGCGACCUGAGUGGGAAUCGAAUAGAAGUGACUGCGAGAGGAAGAUUGCUGAUAUUUUGAAGAGCAUGCAGGGGACCAGUUCGCAAAAACCCCAAACCCCCAUAUGGGUUGACGACGGAGUAAUGUCGUGGCCAAGGGAAAAACGAUGUGGGAAGCCACAUGAGGCGGAUCACGAACACGACAAGUCGGUGAUGUUUGCAACCAUGUUCUACCAUCCUCUACAAUCCAGUCAGACAAUCACAUCCGCUCUUGUAAAGCGCAACGUACUAGAAGCUUUCUUCGACAAAUACAUCACACCAGUAUGUCUUUUUAAACCUAAAUGUUUUAGUAGACUAAGUAAGAAUGUAGAUACGGUCUGA